AUGAACCAGGUGAACAGCGAUAUUUGGGAAUUGCCGUUCCGGAGCAUUGAGUUUAUCACCCCGAUUAAGAAGCGUCCGCAUCUUCAUAGUGGCCUAUAUGGAAUUGAACAGGGCACUUAUCAGCCUCGCUUUCAGAACAGUUGGGAAACGGAUUAUAUUCAUGAAAGCUCGUCAAGUGAUGUCGGAGUCAUCAAAGAGGCUGCUGUCACUGAAUUGAAGGCGGCUCUGGACACUGGUCAAGACGCUAACCUGAGCAUAAACUGGUAA